AUGUUAUUUUAUUACUACUGUUAUAGUCAUUCUGGGUCCAAAAUAUGAGGCCCAAUACUGGGAUUCACAGCCCAAUUAUCUCAAUUAAAACCUCUAAGUUCAGAAUUUUCUAACCUAACCCUAAUGGAAGUUGCAAGCUUCGGCGGCCAUCCUCUCUCUCGAUCUCUGAUUCAAACCAACCCAACAACAAGUCUACGCCAUAUCCCUCAAUCUGAAUCUGGUUUUAUGUUAUUUCAAGAGUUCUUUGAGUCAAAUGAAGGGAGAAAACUAAGGAGCCGGAGAAAUGCAAGGAGUUUGAGAGAUUCAAGGAGCUAGAAAUUUGCAGAAUAACCGUUCAACAAAGUGUUUCAAGGUUCAACAUAGUGGUAUAACGAAUGGUGAUUCCUCUUUCAAGUUUGAAAGAGCACUAAAGUUUUCAGAAAUUAAAGGCCCUUGAGAAUGUUUCCUUUUUAUUUGUCUGUUAUGGCAAAACUUGUUUAUGAUGUAGGGGGUUUUCUGGUCAAGAACAGCAACUCAAACCAAGACUCACGUUUUAAUGGUCAGACUCACGGUGCUUGGCUUCCGCCUUGGCUUGCUGUACACUACCUUCGUUGUAAGUCUGUGGGUGAGACUCCUUGGAAUGAACAUGGGAAGCCUCUAUUGGAAGUGAUAGCUCAAAAGGCCCUAGAGAAAAAGUCACAAGCUGGAAAGUGGGCUGAACCUCAUUUGGAAAUAGUUAAAACUGUAAGCCCUUCAUUUAGAAACAGCACCCUGACCUCAAGGUAUUGCAUGAAUGAGUUAGAUGAAUCAUGGACAAAAUACUUAAUAUCCUAUAUGUUGUAAAUUGUAAUAGUAUUAUAGACAUAAAUAUUACUAAAUAUUAUAUUUUUAAUAUUUUUUUUAAUGUUUUAGUUAAAAUAAUUUUAGUAAA